AUGCUGAUGAUGGGAGGAGAUAUUAGCUGGGCGACUUUACUCGUCGUGUUGGCAUCUGUUCAACAAUUCUUUCCAAACCACCUAAAAAUCGCCAUUAGUGAGUUUCUUCUCUCCACAAUCCAACAACUCUCCUUUUUCCAGAGAUAUUCCGACAGAUUCAUCAACUUCUUCUCCCCUUACGUGGACAUCACCUUCUCUCAGUACGAUGAUUAUCAGUUCAACCACGCUUUCGCAGCCAUCGAGACCUACCUUGGCACAAAAGCAACCGAUAAAGCCAAACACCUCAGAGCAAUCCAGGUUAGAGAUAGUAAAGGCCUGGUCUUGAAACGAGACGACGCUAAUCUCCGGGAUGAGUACGAAGGGCUUGCUGUCUGGUGGGCCAUUGAAACUGAUGCCCAAGGAUAUAGAAGAUACAAGCUCACUUUCCAUAGGAGCUCACGAGAUGUUGUGACAGAGUCAUACGUAAAACACGUUGUUGAAGAAGGGAAACUGAUUGAAGCCAAGAACAAGAAGAUGAAGUUGUUUACAAACAAUCCAAGCACUCAAUGGGGUUCUAACAAGACGAGUUUCUGGAGAUACAUCGAUUUUGAGCAUCCCUCAUGUUUUCAGACAUUAGCUAUGGAUCCAAAGAAGAAGGAAGAGAUCUUGAAUGAUCUUGUUGCGUUUAGCAACGGGAAAGAGUAUUACAAGAAGAUUGGGAAAGCUUGGAAGAGGGGUUACUUGCUCUAUGGGCCACCGGGGACCGGUAAGUCUACAAUGAUCGCUGCGAUGGCGAAUCUUUUAAACUAUAGCAUAUAUGAUCUUGAACUCACAGCAAUAAAGAACAACUCGGAGCUGAGGAAACUGCUCACUGCUACUUCUAGCAAGUCGAUUAUUGUGAUUGAAGACAUUGAUUGUUCUUUGGAUCUCACGGGUGAAAGAAACGAGAAGGAGAGCCAGUUGAUGAAUCAGAAGAAAGAUGGAGAACAAGUACUCAAAGAGCAAGACAAGAGUUUUGUAACAUUGUCCGGGCUCUUAAACUUCAUAGACGGGAUUUGGUCUGCUUGUGGACAAGAGAGGAUUAUUGUCUUCACGACGAAUCACUUGGAAAAACUUGACCCGGCUUUGAUCAGGAGAGGAAGAAUGGAUAUGCACAUUGAGCUGUCUCACUGUACUUUCGAGGCGUUCAAGAUUCUCGCUCAGAACUAUUUGGAUCUUGAUACUCAUCCUCUGUUCAGUGAAAUCGAGUCUUUAUUGAAGGAAACGAAGAUCGCACCAGCUGAUGUUGCUGAGAACCUGAUGAAGAAGAAUCGUGAAAUAGAUAUUGAUGGAUCUCUCAACGAUCUAAUUAAAGCUCUGAAGAAAAAGAAGAAGAUUCAGGAAGUCCAACUAGUAGAUGAUAACAAGGAGAAACAUGGUAACAAGACAUUUAAUCCAUUUCGCUUGAUAUUUUGA